UCAUUUCAUACCAUUCAACUUAAGUAAGGAGGUGAGCAUUGUCUGUGAAGCGUUAGUAUAACGAGGGCGAUGUGUAUGUGCUUGGAGUUAUAUAGAUUCUGGCCUCAUUUUUGCACAAAGAGCCCUACGCUCGCAUUUAGCAUAUUGCCGGGUUUUAAAACACAAUGCAGAACCUGUACAAAACAUUGGUGAUGAAGACAUGCUAAGGCUUGAGCUAUGUUAAUGGCUAUAACAGUCUUUCUGUCAAACUCAGUUCGCACUCAUCUCCAUCAGGCAUAUCUGACAACCCAGAUAAAUUUGAGUGCGGAUACAAAAUUUGAACAGUGGUAUUUUGGCCCAACUGCAUUCUAAAACAAUUCCAAUGUUUUUAUCAAGAAUUUUUAGAAGGCCACUUUUGGCUGCAGUCAAUUCUGAAGCAGCUGCAGCAACAACUUCCACUAUAACUGCCCGCAAUCCGCUUGAGGAAUUUUUCGAGGCAGAUAGAAGCUUGGAUGAUGAAAAGCCCAAUGUCUACGGGCGUGGUUGGAAGGCCUCUGAGUUACGCCUCAAGUCAUGGAAUGAUCUGCAGAAACUCUGGUUUGUUCUCUUGAAGGAGAAAAAUAUGCUGAUGUCUCAGCGGCAGAUGAUGCAGGCUCAGAACUUGCGUUUCCCCAAUCCAGAGCGGAUGUCCAAGGUGAGGAAAUCAAUGUGUCGUAUCAAGCAUGUUCUUACUGAGAGAGCAUUGGAAGAACCUGAUCACAGAAGACAGGUUGAAAUGAAACGCAUGAUAAAUGAUUUGUGAAAGAUCAUCUUAAGAAGUCAAGCUUCAAAACAGGGAAUACUUAGGUGUCCCGCAUAGAUUGUAUUCUGCAGAAUACCAUAUAUUCAAAUAGUUGUCUGAUCAGUACUGUUUUAAGAAUAUGAUUCUAUCCAAUGGCCCUUCUAUACAUGAUCUGAGACAAGUCAGCUUUUUACUCCACCGUAUGUGGAAACUAUCAUCCUUGAUUUUUAUCGAGGAUAAAUGUCUGGAACCAAUUUAAUAUAGUAACCGACCAAAUAGACUAACUCCAAAGCAACCUUAAUUACUUGUAAAUACAUAAUAGUACUUUGCUAAAUGGUAAUAUGGUAAAUUGAUUUUGGAAACAUAUAAAUAGUAUUAGAAACUCGGCAUUUAAACUUCUCAUUUAAAUCUUUAUACGGAUUCUGCAUCUUCUGGCCAAGGCAACAUUUUAUUACAAAUAUUUAUUAAACUCAGCCUUAUCGAGGAUGUUUGACAGCAGCAUAGAAAAUAUGCUUACCUUCCAUGGGGAGCACAAAGAGUUAUAUAUGAACGGCAAAAAAGGAUGCUUAUCUUCACAGGAAUAAGCUGUUUGCAAACAAAUAUAAGCUUGACUUUUACA